ACACGCCCCCCACCAUCGCACCACCACUCCUCUUGCCGCGUCUCCACAACCUCUCCCGGUUCACACCUUUCUGUUCCUGCGCCCCGUGAAACCCCCUUCGCAUGCUCCUGGCGUGGCCUUUUCUCUUGUGCAGCUAUGCACGGGCGAGAUGAGGAAGAACAACAUACCGCAGGGCUACAAAGGGUCAGUGUUCCACAGAGUCAUUAAGGACUUUAUGAUCCAAGGAGGGGACUUCCUCAAGGGGGACGGCACGGGGUGCAUCAGCAUAUACGGCUCCAAGUUUGACGACGAGCCCUUUAUUGCCAAGCACACCGGCCCAGGACUGCUCUCCGCUGCAAACAUAUCUCGUUCUGCAUCUCCCUUUGCAUGCACGAAGGAGCACUAG